UGCUCUUCAUCUGAACUUCAGUCUGGCAGACUGAAGGUUACACUGGAAGAGUGAAGAAAAGUUGCUCUGCAGGCUGACUCUCACUGAAGCACCCAAUGGCCAGCCAAAUAACCCAAAGGAACUAAAUGAAGUUUGAUAUUUCUUUUUUAAGGGCAAAUACUCGGACGGCGACGUCGCAACGAUGGUCGUUUAUGGCAGCGCACGAAAAGAGGAGUACGUCGCAGGGCUUCUUGUGCUAGCGGCGGCGGGGUUUGGGCUCUUUAUGCAUGAAGUCUCGGCUUUUGCUGCCUGGAGAUUUGAGGAAGAAGCUCUCAUGUCUGGUGUUUUAAUCAUUGGUAUUCGUAAAGACGCCCGCUCCCACGUGCUUCACCUUUCCAGAAACAAACGAUACACGCUUACUCCAGAGAACCUUAAGUGGGACAAAUUCAAGCUGACCUACAAACUCUUGUCAUUUCCAAGGAAUGUUUUGAAUGCCACUGACACUAGAAGAGGCAUAGCCAAAGCUUUCUCCAUGUGGAGUGAUGUUUCCCCCUUUAGUUUUCGUGAAGUCCCUUCUGAUCAAGAGGCAGACAUCAAAAUUGGUUUUUACUCUGUAAACCACACUGAUUGUCUCCAGUCGUACCUGCAUCACUGUUUUGACGGUAUAACAGGUGAACUGGCUCACGCCUUCUUUCCCUCGACUGGAGAGAUCCACUUUGAUGAUGAUGAGUACUGGAUUCUAGGAAACAUGCGCUUUAGCUGGAAUAAAGGAGUGUGGCUAACAGAUCUAGUGCAUGUGGCGGCUCAUGAGAUCGGUCAUGUACUGGGUUUAAUGCAUUCCCAAAAUCCCAAAGCUUUGAUGCACCUGAAUGCCACAUUGACAGGUCGCAAGCUCAUCACUCAAGACGAAGUCUGGGGCUUACACAGACUCUACGGAUGUUUGGAUCGAUUAUUUAUCUGUCCUUCCUGGGCAAGAAAGGGUUAUUGUGACAGUAAGAAGAGGUUAAUGCAGAAACAUUGCCCUUUCAGCUGUGACUUCUGUUACGAAUUCCCGUUUCCCACCAUCCCGCCGACUCAAGCCCCUCCCCGGACAAAACACAAGUUUGUUAUCGAAGGAAAGAACCUCACCUUUCGAUGUGGUAAAAAGAUAGCAGCCAAGAAAGGCAAAAUCUAUUGGUAUAAAGACGGUGAGCUUCUGAAAUUCUCUCACCCGGGCUACAUUUCCCUGAAGGACGACCACAUUACUAUUGUUGCAAACGCUAUCAAUGAGGGCACAUACACCUGCAUUGUGAGAAAGAAGAAAAAGGUGCUGACUACGUACUCUUGGAGAGUACGAGUGCGUUUUUAAAAACUGGAUCUUAUUAUCAAACCAUUAGCACAAAGACAAAUCCAGACCGGCCGCCUCUCAUCCAUGAUAGAGAACGUCACUCAUCUCAGGAUUAACAUGUUGUUGAAGAAACAGAGAAGUUUUAGAGAUCAUGGUUAAAGAAGCGGUUCACACAAAAAUUACUCACCCUCUAUGAUUUUGCAAUUUAGAGUUGUUAUGCACUGUAAAAAUAAAACAGUGAUAAACUUUUGUAUACAAAUCCUUCUUUGUCUUUGCACAUCUCAUGAUCAAACCGUUGAGGUUUUUGUGUUCUGUAGAUUAAAGAAAGAAAUAUGAGUUUUGAAGGGCAUGACUGUGAAUAAAUGAUGACAAAAUAUACAUUUUUGAGUAAAGCAUCACUUUAAAGUUCCCUCACUUGAACACCUGUUAAUAGCAGUUCAUACAUAAGAUAAUAAGAUUUUUUGGUGCUGUAAAUGCAUUUUUUAUUUACUAAUAAAACAACUGAUUCUGCGAUCUGUUGUGAAUUGAAGAAUUUAAAAGACUCAAAUAACUUUAGUGAAUGUGAUUAAACAAAUUAUACAUUUUUUACAGUUUUUCUUAAUUGCUAAAACACUAAACCCCAUUGGCUGAACAAAGUUCUCAGUUGCCUGAACUCAUUUAUCUAAUUGUGCAGGCUGUUGUCAAUCCCUUAAACCAUUUCACAUCAUAAAACACAAUUUGCAGAUCUCACUUAGACUUUUUAGCAAAACUCCAGACACAUACUCAUUCUCAAAACACAAUCUGCACUCAAAUGCACAUGUCAUGCAUACUGCUAAACACAAGCGGCAACAAUCAAUUACAAAUAGAGCACACGUGUCAUUGAUUAAACACAACCACUCAAAAUGGAUUUAACCUGUUUCAAAUGAUGUGACACAAUCAAUAUAAGCCAGUUCACUGUUGUAUACAGUAGUACAGUGCAUUUUAGGCUGUAUACUGUACAAUGAACAAAUUGUAUGACCCUGAACAUUGUGAGAUGCAGGGUACAGUACUGUAAAAAAUAGGGGUAAAAAUCCUUAAUUCAUCUCUCAAAAGUAAAUUUUUACAUCAGUGAAGAUGUCAGUCCCAUCAAAAUGGCAUGUCUGUGUGUCAUUGUUCAUGAAAUCAAAAUUGUUGCCAUGUUGUCAAUAUACCAAGUGUUGUCAGUAUUUUUUUUAUGUAAACUGUGGAUAAGUUUACGUUUUUACCUUUCUUUCUGUAAACGAAUUACACAAAUUGUGAUUUAGAAAAUUUUGAUUUUGAAAAGAAAAAUUACAAAAAUUAUUCAAAAUUUCAGGUUUACUUGACAGGAAUUUAUCAAUACAGCUCACAUUUACAAAAAAAACCCCUAUAGAAAACAUGCUUCAUGCUUACAGUAACAGCUUAUGACACGUAUGGUCAACAAUUUUGCAUGACAUGCCAUGCACGAUGAACUAAUUCCUAAAUGUGUUGAGGUGUAAGACUAUUCAACAGAAACCAGUAUAAUGUAUUUUCAUGAAAAUUAAAUUUUCUGCUUGAUUGUAUCAAUGCAUUUGCAAUUUGUCCAGUCAAUGAGAAUUAAACGGUAAAAAUGUA